AUGCCACUGAACAGGAAAAUACGUUACGGCAUGGUAGGUGGUGGACCGGACGCGUUUAUCGGUGCCGUCCAUCGUAAAGCCGCAGCACUUGACGGAGAAAUCGAACUCGUUGCGGGUGCGUUUUCAUCAUCACCCGAAAAAUCCCGACAACAAGGUGCAGAACUCUUCCUCAAUGCAAAUCGAGUCUACGGGUCUUACCAAGAAAUGGCAGAGAAAGAGAGCCAACUGCCCGAUGGCGAACGCAUUGACUUCGUCUCAAUUGUGACACCGAACCAUAUCCAUUUUGAUGUCGCCAAAACAUUUAUUGAAGCCGGGUUCAUGUCGUCUGCGAUAAACCGAUGA